GAGUUUGUCGUAUCGAUGUGCCGGCUUCUUAGAUGGAUAUACGUACCGUGUUGAUGCCAUAGCCUGGACGAGAUGAACUGUGCCAAGUGGAUCUGGCUCACUAUCCUCAUUAUCGGUGUCGUUAUGGCAACCGAUUUAAUAUCUCUAAGAACAGCGAAAUUGGGUGAUACUCUAUCAUUAUUAGAUAGUUACGAAGUCUUUAUACCAACUGUAGUCGACAGCCGAGGACAAUUUUUAAGUUACGAUGUCAGGCAUAACCAGCUGAAAAAACGCCUCCCCAUUAGGCAUAAAAGAACUGUAUCCAGUUUUCCACUCGAUCCGGUUUUCUUCAAAAUAAAGUUAGAAAAUAAAGAAUACCUACUUAAUUUGACGGAAAAUAGUCUAUUAUCUGGUAGAAAUUCCAUUUUGGAAGUAUGGCAUCCCGAUAGCAUAGAGAAGCGCAACUUCACUUACCAUAAGUGCCAUUAUUACGGUCACGUAAUCGGGGAAGAAAACUUUUCUGACGUAAUGAUUAGCAAUUGUUACGGCCUGCACGGAAUAUUCUCCAUUUCUGGUCAGGAGUAUGUCAUUGAACCUUAUUGGAAUCAUACCAACGACGUGCUUACACAGGGUCAUCCUCAUAUUUUGUACAAGAGAACCUCACUCGACUUCAAAAGGAAGUUCAAAGGUGAUUCGAAGGGAUGUUCGAGUGAGAAGAGAAUCAGGAGGAGAAGAGUAAAGAGGAGAAAAAGAUCGGUGAUAACGGAGAGAUACGUUGAGACUUUAGUAGUAGCUGACAAGAAAGCUGUUGCUUAUCACGGAGAAGAAGAGAUCGAAACCUACAUACUAACUAUUAUGAAUAUUGUUGCCAAGCUGUUUCGAGAUCCUAGUUUAGGAAAUGCUGUCAAUAUCAUUGUAAACAGGAUUAUUCUUUUGAAGGAGAAACAGCCAAAUCUCUUGAUAUCUCAUCACGCUGGACAAACGUUGAGCAGUUUCUGUAAGUGGCAAGAAUCUAUCAAACGUAAUGAAAAUGCUAUACUAUCUUAUUCGCAUAAUCAUCACGAUAAUGCUAUUCUUAUAACCAGAUACGACAUAUGUUUUGAUAAGGACGAACCCUGCGAUACUUUAGGUCUUGCUCAAGUAUCUGGCAUGUGCGAACGAGGAAGAAGUUGUAGCAUUAACCAAGAUAUCGGGCUGACUUCUGGUUUCACUAUCGCUCACGAGUUAGGGCAUAAAUACGACAUAUGUUUUGAUAAGGACGAACCCUGCGAUACUUUAGGUCUUGCUCAAGUAUCUGGCAUGUGCGAACGAGGAAGAAGUUGUAGCAUUAACCAAGAUAUCGGGCUGACUUCUGGUUUCACUAUCGCUCACGAGUUAGGGCAUAAUUUCGGAAUGCAGCACGAUGGUUCUGGCAACGACUGUCUUGUUAAAAUCAACGAACCUGGUUAUAUCAUGUCGACUCAAUUAUCUCGAUUAGUUUAUCCAGUUAAAUGGUCUCGAUGCAGUCGACAAUAUAUUACGGAUUUUUUCGAUUCAGGUCAAGGAGAUUGUCUUCAAAAUGUUCCCCCAAUGAACGACUAUGCUUAUACGGAUCUUCUACCAGGUCAAAGAUACAAUGCCGAUCAACAAUGUCGAAGUCAAUUUGGCCCACAUUCUUCCGUGUGUCAGGAUAUUCAAAGGGAAGUGUGCGGUACUUUAUGGUGUUCUAAACACAAAGGCAGAUGUGUUAGUAACAAUACACCGUUAUUGGACGGAACGGUCUGCAAUUCAACCACGGUUCCCAAUGGUUGGUGUUAUGGAGGUGAGUGUGUAGAUUAUGGAACGAUACCAUCUAAAGUCGAUGGCGGAUGGGGACAGUGGUCCGAAUGGGGAGUUUGCUCUCGUAAAUGUGGCGGAGGAAUUGAAACUAGUGAACGACAAUGCGAUAAACCGAGGCCUAGUCAUGGUGGCAGAUUCUGUGUUGGAAAAAGGAAGAGGUAUCGAUCGUGCAAUGUAAAAGGAUGCCCUAGCAAUUCAGAAGAUUUUCGAGCCAUGCAGUGUAGGAAGUUCAAUAAUAUUAAGUUCAGAGGAAAAUACUACCAAUGGAUACCAUUUACAGCAGAUCAAGUGAAUUCGUGUUCUCUAUACUGUCAAGCAGUGGGAUAUAAUUUUUACGUAGAACAAGCGGUGAAAGUCAUCGACGGAACAAGAUGUAACCAAGAUAGCUUAGACGUGUGCAUUAAUGGAAGAUGCAUGCCUGUUGGCUGCGAUGGGAUACUUAAUUCUAAAGUAACGGAAGACAGGUGCAGAAAGUGCGGUGGCGACGGCAGCACUUGCAGGACUCGAAGAGGAUUGCUGGAGAGCAGUUUGGAUAAUAAAGUUAACUGUGAGUAAUUGUCACUUUUGCGCAUGUGUCGCCACCUGGUUUUCAAUUUUGUUAUUAAUGUCAUA